AUGGACGAAGAUGCAUUACAAGAAAGCACUGGUGAGCAUGUGCUUCAAUUUUUGCUCUCCUCCGACACUUAUGUGGUUAUUCAGCGGAUUUUUUGUUUUAAAGGUUUUUUACAUUGGUGAAAAUGCAUUUUUUGACGCAGACAAACUUUAAAAACGAUUAAAAACAUGCACUGAAUAACAUCAUUACGUAUUGCCUUCUCGUUAUUGUUAUAUUUUUCUAAUCAAGUGUUUUUGGCAAUAUAUACAAAACAAAACUUUUCGAACUUGAGACCGCUACGCGUUUGGCUAAUAUUUAUUUCGAAAACCUCAAUUUCUUUCCAGGUUGCAGCAAAGGCUACUGGAAGCAAAACCUCUUUCUUCUACAGGAAAGAGCACCGAAGCCGAAUGCGAUUGUGUGCAGAGAGCACGUCACAAUUAGGCCAAAACAUUAUGGGAAUGAGUUUCACGGUCUCAUCGAUCGAACUGAGGUAGGCACGAGCAGAUGAAAUCAUUAAUGUUGUUACAUCGUCUUCAGGCCGAAAGAAUGUUAAUUGAAGCCGGAGAAGGAAGCUAUUUAGUCAGGGAAUCUAACAGAUCACGGGACGCAUUUACGCUGUGCAUGGUUUUCGACGGAAAAGUCAUGAACUAUAAAGUGGGUCCCUGCGGUUUCCAGAGCUUCAAAUGAGCGCAAGUUCGCUCCGUCGCACAAAGCGGCUUUUUGGAGCAAAAGCUUUUACCUUUUUUGUAGCUAUAUUAUGAUGGUCAGUUUUAUGUUGGAGAGAAACGAUUUGACACUAUGGAUUUACUCGUCGCCGACGGUCUUAUUUCAAUGUUUGUUGACCUGCAUGCAUCUGAUUACAUUAGAAGAAUGGCUGAUGAAGCCAUUUAUGAAGAUAGGUAUGUGGGACUCUAAAAAUAAACAUGGAUAUGAUUAAUAAUUUCAGCCCAUAUUCUCGGUAUGCAAGUGCUGCAGCUGAUCUAGUCCGUCGACCCAUCACAAGGGCACAUAACUUUUCGUCAUACACUUUCAAAGCUCCACAUUACUGUGAUUAUUGUCGAAAUUUUUUGUGGGGCUUGGUGCACCAGGUGGGCUUAUAUUAUUCUACAAGACUUUCUAAAACUCUGGCAUUUCGUUAUUAAUCUAACGGCGACCUAAUAAGAUUAAUACGACCUAUUAUAGGGGCACCGGACAGAAAGGGCGCGCUGUUCGCAAUCUGGCCGAAUUUCUAGGCCGCGAAGUAAUUUUCCACCGAAAAUGUGGCCUAACUUUCAAACUCAACCCCGAGGUCGCUCAAUUUGCACUGCAAAAGGAGUUUCUCAACAGAGCGCCAUUUCUGUGCGGUGCCCCUAUAAUACUCUGGGAACUCGAUCGCAAUCUAAUUAGAACACUUUGCAAUCUAAUACGAACUCGUUUGAAAUAGAAUUUGCUUCAAUUAGAUUGCAAAAUCGUCUAAUUAGAUUACAAUCACUGCAAUUUUUCUAAUUAGAUUGCAAUGUUUUCUAAUUAGACUGCAAUUUUUUCUUAUUAGAUUGCAAUUCAGGAAAAAUAUAUUGUAAUCAAAUACGAUUUUACUGGAACUUCAAUUAAAUCUGAUUAGAUUGCGAAAUAUAGCUUUUUCUUAUUAGAUUGCAAACUCUUCUAGUUAGAUUGCAAUCGAGUUUCCAGAGUAAUUAGAUUAAUAAAUUGUCUAGCUAGAUUAAUAAAUCUUCUAAUUAGAUUGAUAUGUGCUCAAAUCAAGUUUCCGCCAACAGUCUGCUGGCUCAAAUCUCGAUUGCGCCAAGAAAAAACAGUCGAAUCUAAUUAGGUCGCGUUUAGAUCAGUAACUUUCUAAUUAGAUUAAUAUCGAAUUGCCGAACUGAGCCCGCUGCGCGGCCCGAGCUGACGCUCGGAAGCGACUUUGCCGUUUGUUUGUUUCUCAUAACUGUUUGAAAGUUAACGUGUUCAUUUCUCUAUUUUUCGUCCUCAAAAAAAAAGGCGUCGGCAGCGUUUCGACGCCUUUUGAAAGGCUCAGGUGGCGUUCCGGCGCCUGUACCAAAUUUGCGCUCAUUUGGCGCCGAGCGCUGCCGGCGACGCUUUCGAGAGUUAGCUCGGACCGCGCAGGGCACACUCUGGUAACUCGACUUCAGUCUAAUUAGACAAAAAAGAAGUGUGAACUCAGGCAAAUCGUUUCUAAUCUAACUAGCUAAUUCUCGUUUCUAACCGAACCUAGUUAGAUUGCUACAAAUUUCUGAAUCUAGCUAGCUGAUUUCGCAAUCUAAACAUAAUCUAGCUAGGUUUUGCCCGAAAUUUUAAUCUAGUUAGAUAAAUUUUGAAUCUAAUAUCUGUGUUUUUGCAAUCUAAUUAGCUUCACCAAUCUAAUUAGAAAAUUUAUCAGUCCAGUUAGAAGAAUUUGCAAUCUAAUCGCAGUAAAUUCGAAAUCUAAUUAGGUCCGGUUAGAAACUGCGAAUUAGCUAGCUAGAUUACAAACGAUUUACCUGAGAAAAGAGGCCAUUUUUAAAUCUAAUUAGAUGAAUGAUCAAUCUAAGCACAGUCUAGUUACACAGAAAAUAUUGCUAAAAUCUAAUUAGGUAUUUAUUCAAUCUAGUAAUUAGAGAUUUUACAAUAUAAUCAGAUAAUUUGCAAUCUAAUCGUAGAAAUUUUAAAUUAUAACAGGUAAAGUUUAGAGUACUAUUUUGUCUAAUUAGUUAUUAAUCUGAUCGUAGUCUACUCGAGUUAUACGGCAGCCUAAUAAGAUUGAUAUGCCACCGAAUUAGAUUAAUAAAUUGUCUAGAUAGAUUAGUAAGUGCUCAAAUCAAGUUUCAGGCCAACCGUUUGUUGGCUCAAAUCUCGAUUGCGCCAAGAAAAAACAGCCGUAUCUAAUUAGGUCGCGUUUAGAUCAGUAACUUUCUUUUGAGCCAACAAACGAGAUUUGAGCUUCCAAGAAAACGCAUGAUUUCGAAAUUUACCGCGACCAUAUAAUGUCACGUUGAAUUUAAACUUAAAGGGCAUGCGUUGUGAAGACUGUGGAUUUGCUGCACACAAGAAAUGCUCAGAGAAAACUCUGCAUGACUGUGUACCAGAAGCAAAAUAUGUGAAAAGAAUGUUCGCCGUUGAUAUCACAACUUUAUGCUUGGCGCACAGCAGUGAUUUACCGCCAGUUGUAUCCCAAUGUAUUAAUGAAGUGGAGUCAAGAGGACUUGAUGUUGAAGGCAUUUAUCGAGUGUCUGGAUCACACGAACACAUGGAGAAACUCCGUCAACAGUUUGACUCUAAUCAAUAUGUCGAUUUGUCCACUGUAAGUAAUGAAGUCGAGUGAGUUCCGUGUUAAUUUUCCUGUUGAAGGUUUCGGACAUUCACACAGUUUGCGGUCUAAUGAAAUUAUACUUUCGACUUUUGCCUCAACAGCUUAUUCCAUUCAGUGUGCAUAAACAACUUCUCGUAGUUUACCAAGACACCAAUGGCCGGUCAGUGCAUGAGCGAGAACGGGGUCUUAGGUAAGUACUGUAAAUAUUAUCGCGGUAUUCCUCUGCAAUCGCGCUCUGUUCGCAAUCUGGCCGAAUUUCUAGGCCGCGAAGUAUGUUUCCACUGAAAAUACUUUUCAAACUCGACCCCGAGGUUACUCAAUUUGCGCUGCAAAAAAAGUUUUCAACAGAGCGAAAUACCGCCAUAAUAUAUUCCGAACAGAAUUCAAACAAUGUCUCACAGGAAAAUAAUGAUGGAGUUGUCUGAUGCAAAUAUAAUAACUCUCGGUGCAAUUCUGGCUCAUUUGAAAAAGGUAAAACUAUCUUAUGAGGUUAUCCAGCGGUGUCCAAAGAACUGAACAUGUUCCGAAAAAAGAACUCCACGUCCACGUUCACAACCUCGCCCCGCCCAUCAACUUUUUCAAGUCUCAUUUCUUCGAAAAAGAAAUGUGAAAAAAAGCUCAUGGGGCUACUCAGCGUAUGUUAGUUUCCGUUUUUUUUUUUUACAUCACUGAAUUGAAUUUUUUGACGUAAAAAACGAAAAAAAAACGGAAAACAAUCAUUUUUUCACGGCCUGAAUAACUCCAUUAUCGGAGUUUUAUAAGGGUUUUAAUUUAAUGAUUUUAAUUUAUAUUUUUUUCAAAAGAUUCUCAAAGCAACUUCACUGGAACUACUUAGAAUUAUCAAGGGAUUUACGUAUGUUCGUCGUAAAAGUGCGCUUUUGGCAACGUUUUUCUAAUCAAAUGGCAAAUUUAACUUAGAAAAAUUACAUGGGGACAGAAUUUUGAAUUCAUGUUUAUUUUUUGAAAAAAUUGCCGACGACUAGACACUUUCGUAAAAGCCUCAGAAAACUUUAUCAAACUUUCUGAAGCAAAAAAACCUUUCCAAGACUACUUCAGACGUUUCUAAGACACUUUUCCAAGGAAUUGUCAAACUUUUCUGAGAAUUUCUUAAUUAGCGCCUGGAAAAGUUUGAAAAUUUACCUGAGAUAAAGAAAGGUCAAUAGACGAGGCCGUGGACGUGUGGUUUUUUUUUGUAAAUCAAAAAUUUUAUGAGGUUUUGAAUAGAGGAUUUUUGCAUUUUCAGGUCGCUGAGAACAGUUCAAGAAACAAGAUGACUGUUGAAAAUCUGGCAACUAUAUUUUCUCCUACUCUUUUCUGUUCUGGCUCCAUUCCCGCGAUGCCAAAUCAUCAACUUCUACAUUUUCUCAUAAACAAUCCACGUGUUGUGCCGAGACAUAAUCGAUGA